GAGAGAGAGGGUGCGUGAGAGCCAGAAGAGUUGCUUCGUCGGCUUCAGGCUUUAGUCGGUGAUCGGCACUCGUAUCGAAGUGGGCUGCGUCAGUAGUCUAUAUAUAAGUGUUCGCCGCAAAUCUAAAUACUCAAUUAUAAUAAACAUUCGCGUAGGUGUUAGUUAUGGUGAAAUAGUUACAAAAAUAAUUUCUGACUGAGAAGUGAAAAGUUCGAAAAAAAAAUGUGGUGCAACAAAAGUUACCAACUCUUCUUCGUCCUCUUCGCGAUGGAUUUCCUCCAACAGUGCGGAAGUAUUAAAGACCACUGUCCCGGCUCUUGCACAUGCAAAUGGAAGGGUGGAAAACAGGCUGUCGAGUGCGUGGAACGUGGUUUGAUCAUGAUACCCGAAAACGUGAACGUCGACACUCAAGUCCUAGACGUGUCCAACAACAAUCUCCAGAUUUUACCAAGAGAAACAUUUUCGCGAUCCGGCCUGACAAACUUGCAAAGGGUGUUCUUUCGCAACUGUCGCAUCGGACAAGUGGACGAGUUGGCCUUCUCCGGCUUGACUAACCUGGUGGAACUCGACUUAUCCUACAAUCUCCUCACUUCAAUCCCUUCGAAAAGUUUCAACGGUAUCCCUUUCCUCCGAGAUUUAAACCUGGCCAACAAUCCAAUCUCGAAGAUUGAAAGUAACGCCUUUAAGGCCACACCUGGACUUAUAAAGCUUGACCUUUCGAACUGCGAAAUCCAAACCAUCGCACCGAGAGCUUUCGAGGGGAUUGAAUUGCUGGAAUCGCUGAAACUCAACGGUAACAAGCUGUCCGAACUGCGUCCUACGACCGUACAGAAUCUACAGAGAUUACACGGUGUCGAUCUUCACGACAAUCCCUGGAACUGCGAUUGCCGUUUGCGGUCGGUAAAAGAGUGGAUCCUGACGUAUAACAUCCCCUAUUCCGAGCCGCCAAUUUGCAGCGGAGGUCCUGAGAGGGUGAUCCACAAGACGUUCAACGACCUGGGUAUUGACGACUUCGCUUGUAAACCAGAAAUGCUCCCAGUGGCCAGACACAUCGAAGCUGUUGCUGGAAACAACGCUACCCUAACAUGCAGAGCCAACGCUGUACCUCCUGCACAAAUCAAGUGGUAUUGGAACGGAAGACUUCUAGUCAACAAUUCGGGAUUCAGCUCCUACAACAAAAUAUUCAUCUUCGAGGAGGGAAAACAGGACAAAAUCAGCAAUUUGAUCUUAUCAGACGCUCACAAAAUCGAUAAUAACGAGUUCUACUGCGUUGCAGAGAACCGUGCCGGUAACGCAGAAGCCAACUUCACGCUAUUCGUGUCGGCUAGAACGGGUGGACUUAUGGAGUUCCUCAAGGGUCAGUUAGCUAGUUUGAGUGCGGUUCUUGUGAUUCUGGUUCUCUUCAUCCUGUUAGUCGUCUCGGUUCUGAUUCUGCGUCUCAGAAACCUUACGUAUACCGAAACUAAAACUCCUGGUCAGUUGGAGGUGGUUACAGUCGCCAAUGGUCCCAUUCGUAAGACGCCUUCAAAUUUGAGUUCUCCACGUCAGGAAACGUCUUCUUUCAGCGAGAAGAAACCAGGUGAUUUGAAUUUCUGCAAUCCUGUUCAAAAACCACCCCGUGCUGAUCCUGUUUACCCUACUAUACAUUUCAAUGGAGGCUCAGUUCUUUCUGCUUCCCCAUACACUUCACCAUCACCCUCUGGAAAUAAUCCAGAUCUUAUCAAUGAUACAAAACUGCAAGGAAGUGGUGAUAUUCCUCUAGAUCCAACCAAAGAUUUCAUAGAUGACUUCACUGAAAGACCAGCCAGUGGAGAAUACAGCAGAAAUGCUGACUCCCUCUAUCCUUCAGGACUCUGGGAACAAGCAGAUGUGGAUGUAAACCCAAGGCAAUCUUCCAACUUUUGUCCAUCUCAACAUUAUGACGAUAAAACCCCAAUCAUGGAUAACACCAGCACUUGUGGUUCAUCAGAAGAACUGCAGUAUAGAAGGGGCUAUCCAACAGACUAUGGACUUCCAAUUGUAAACCCCGCCUUGGAUGUUGGUGUACCAACUUCAACCUCAAAUUCCCAGAACAACUUUCCAAUGAACGCUAAGACAUUGAGGGUGUGGCAGAAGGGUGGUGUACCAGUUCUACCACCAGUCUCAGCCCUCAAGAGAGCCUUCAGCAGCAGUAGAAAUUCACCAGAUGAGGGUUACCAAGAGGGGUGUGGAACAGAUGUUUAAAUCUGUGAGCAAAUCCAAAUAUAUCCAAGUAAACCAAAGACUGUUCGUUCCUAGUUUUGUUAAAUUAUUGAGAAUAAUUAGUUGCUCAUACUAUUAAAUCAAUCCCAGUGCUGUGAGAUAAAUUGUAGACAAAUUAUUAUAUUUGUGAUAAACAGAAUCUUAAGGACAUUUUUCUGAGAUUAUGUAUAUUAUUAUUGUUGCUAAGCCUAAGUAGAAUUCAAGAGUUUGAAUUCUGGAGUAAAAUGGUCUAAGACUGAGAAUGUUAAAUGAAGAAUGAGAGGGUAUAUUCAGCAUAUUCAGUAGAAUUUUUUUGAAAUCUUUGUUCAGUUCCAUUUAAGCUUUCCCUUUAAUACAUUUCCGAUCAAUAAAAAAUAGAAACUUGUAAUGAAACCAACCUUUCCUAAGCUAACUUAACUUAAUCUACCUAAUGAGUACAGUAUCUGAAUAUACCCAACCAUAUUAACAGUCGGGAGAAAAUUUUGAAUUAACCUGUAUAUAAAAUUAUGAUAAAUAAUUGAAAAUUCUCUCCGAAUUUUUAUAUAACUCAACUAAACCAUAGGAUAGGGUAAUCGAAAUUUGUAAUUUAUUUUUGUAUAAUUGUAAAGACUUAUUAUUAGAAUGCUGGUAUACAGAAAUUCUAUCGUAUGUUUCAUUGUGGAUGUAUAUGUUCGAAUUAAUACUUGAAAAGCUGAAAAUAAUAUAUAUAACUAUAUCAACCCAGUAUUAUUAUAAAUGUUACCAGACUGUUGUACAUAUUAUUGGGGUUUGUGUAUAAACGAGUAAAUUUUUUGUUAAUAAAUUAUGGAAGUUUAUCUAUUCGACUCAUCUA